AUGGCUACCUCUGGACGCCUCGGCUUCACCGUGCGCAGGCUCCUGGACUUACCGGAGCAGGACGCGCAGCACCUGCGGAGGCGGGAGCCCGAGCUACGCGCCCCCGGCCCCUACGCCACCUGGCUGGAAUCGGAGCGCGGCCACUACCCCUCCUCGGACGAGAGCAGCCCAGAGGCCAGCCCGCGGGACUCGUCGCAGCGGCCGUCCGCUCGGCCUGCGUCUCCGGGCUCGGACGCCGAGAAGAGGAAGAAGCGGCGGGUGCUGUUCUCCAAGGCGCAGACGCUGGAGUUGGAGCGGCGCUUCCGGCAGCAGCGCUACCUGUCAGCGCCAGAGCGCGAGCAGCUGGCGCGCGUGCUGCGCCUCACGCCCACGCAGGUCAAAAUCUGGUUCCAGAACCAUCGCUACAAGCUGAAGCGCGCGCGCGCGCCGGGAGCCGCGGAGGCGCCCGACUUGGCAGCGGCGGCCGAGGUGCGCGCCGCGCCCGGCCUGCUGCGCCACGUGGUGGUGCCCGUGCUGGUGCGCGACGGGCAACCGUGCGGCGGGAGCGGCGAAGUGGGCACGGCUGACGCCCGGGACAAGAGCGGCGCGCCCCCCGCAGCCGCCUGCCCUCUGCCAGGCUACACCGCCUUCAGUCCCGGCUCGGCGUUCGGCCUCUUCCCCGCCUACCAGCACUUAGCGCCCCCCGCCCUGGUCUCCUGGAACUGGUGA